UGCACUCCUUGGGGACCCUCACAGAACCUGGGACUCAGCCGCCUAAAUUCCCUUUUCUCUCCAAGAUGUGCAGCAAGCUGCCGGUUGUUGCACUUCCCAAAUUACCUCUUCCUACCGGCUGGAGGCUCCAGGAGAUGGAGCAGGGUUUGGGAAUGAGCGGGUUUUUCAGCCAGCCGAGCGGGUGUUCCCGUGACUUCGGCCCAGGCUAUUGUUGCAUGACAUUCCUCUGGGCACAGUGUUUAUUUUUAGCCAGACACUAUCACAAGUAGCAGGACUGUCGCUGCCCCUGAGCAGGGAAUCGCAUUACUGCGAGAACUCUGCUGAAUCAAAGAAGAUACACUGGACAAAUGGGAAAUUACAAAUCUAGACCAAGCCAGACUUGCACGGAUGAGUGGAAGAAGAAGGUGGGUGAGUCCUAUGCCACGGUCACGGAGCGGCUGGAGGGCGACCUGCGCCUCACGGAGCGGCUGGAGGGCGACCUGCGCCUGCCGGGGGAGGAGCUGGCGGAGCUCCAGCGCGUUUUCAGCUCGGAGGAGGCGUUCUGCAGAGUGAACCUGAAUUUCCGCACCCGGGAUGGGCUCUCGCUGCUGCACCUGUGCUGCGUCUGCGGGGGCAACAAGUCGCACAUCAGGACUCUGAUGCUGAAAGGGCUGCGCCCGUCCAGACUAACGAGAAAUGGAUUUACAGCUCUGCACUUGGCAGCCUAUAAGGACCAGGCAGAGCUGCUGACAGCCCUGCUGCACGCUGGGGCUGACAUCCAGCAGGUUGGCUACGGGGCUCUGACCGCCCUGCACGUGGCCUCCAUCGCCGGCCACCAGCAGGCUGUGGAUAUCCUGCUGCAGCACGGGGCCUUUGUCAACGUGCAGGACGCCGUGUUCUUCACCCCUCUGCACAUCGCUGCCUACUGCGGCCACGAGCAGGUCGCCCGCCUCUUGCUGAAGUUUGGAGCUGAUGUGAAUGCGAGUGGUGAGGUUGGGGACAGACCUCUCCAUCUGGCUGCUGCCAAAGGCUUUCUCAACAUCACAAAGCUUCUGAUGGAGGAGGGAAGCAAAGCUGAUGUGAAUGCUCAGGACAACGAAGAUCACGUUCCUCUGCACUUCUGCUCUCGCUUUGGGCACCAUGACAUCGUGAGGUUCUUGCUGCAGAGCAGCUCUGAGGUGCAGCCCCACGUGGUGAACAUCUAUGGAGACACACCUCUGCACCUUGCCUGUUACAACGGCAAGCUUGAAGUUGUCAAGGAGCUCAUCCAGCUCUCAGGAACAGAAAGUCUCACUAAAGAAAAUAUAUUCAGUGAAACAGCUUUCCACAGUGCUUGCACCUAUGGGAAGAACAUAGAACUUGUCAAGUUUCUUCUUGACCAGAAUGUUGUAAGCAUCAAUCAUCAGGGGAGAGAUGGGCACACAGGGCUGCACUCUGCCUGCUACCACGGCCACAUCCGCCUGGUGCAGUUCCUGCUGGACAACGGCGCCGACAUGAACCUCGUGGCCUGUGACCCCAGCAGGUCCAGUGGAGAAAAGGAUGAGCAGACCUGUUUGAUGUGGGCUUAUGAGAAAGGUCACGAUGCAAUUGUGACCCUCCUGAAGCACUACAAGAGACCUCAGGAUGAAUCCCCCUGCAAUGAGUACUCCCAGCCUGGAGGAGAUGGUUCCUACGUGUCAGUGCCAUCCCCUCUAGGGAAGAUUAAAAGCAUGACAAAAGAAAAGGCUGAUGUGCUCCUGCUCAGGGCUGGGCUCCCAUCUCACUUCCACCUGCAGCUCUCCGAGAUCGAGUUCCACGAGAUCAUCGGCUCAGGCUCCUUUGGAAAGGUCUACAAGGGGCGGUGUAGAAAUAAAAUCGUUGCCAUCAAACGCUACAGAGCCAGCACCUACUGCUCCAAGUCGGACGUGGACAUGUUCUGCAGGGAGGUUUCCAUCCUGUGCCGCCUCAACCACCCCUGUGUCAUCCAGCUGGUGGGGGCCUGCCUGGAUGACCCCAGCCAGUUUGCCAUUGUCACCCAGUACAUCUCGGGGGGGUCGCUCUUCUCCCUGCUCCACGAGCAGAAGAGAAUCCUUGACCUGCAGUCCAAAUUAAUCAUUGCUGUAGAUGUGGCCAAGGGCAUGGAGUACCUGCACAAUCUCACACAGCCCAUCAUACAUCGGGAUUUGAACAGUCACAAUAUUCUCCUGUAUGAGGAUGGUCAUGCAGUAGUUGCUGAUUUUGGAGAAUCUCGAUUUCUGCAAUCCCUGGAUGAAGACAACAUGACAAAACAACCUGGGAACCUGCGCUGGAUGGCCCCGGAGGUGUUCACCCAGUGCACCAGGUACACCAUCAAAGCCGACGUCUUCAGCUACGCCCUCUGCCUCUGGGAGCUGCUGACGGGGGAGAUCCCCUUUGCCCACCUGAAACCAGCAGCAGCAGCAGCAGACAUGGCAUAUCACCAUAUCCGCCCCCCCAUCGGUUACUCCAUCCCCAAGCCCAUCUCUGCCCUGCUGAUGAGGGGCUGGAAUGCCUGUCCUGAGGUGAGUGCAGCCAGCAAGGGGAAAACGGGCACACUGCUCUGCCUGACACCCCCAAAUCACAUUUCAUACUGCAGAAAGCCCCCAGGCAGACAAUGGGUAUGUCAGGAAAUACAGGAGAGUUGGUGAAUUGAGGAGGAAAGUAAAUUAACAUUUAGCCUUUCAACAAAACUUAAUUAAUCACGUAAUGCUGAUUAGGACUUGAGCUGUUACAGAGUGAGUAGUAAAUUCCUUGCUGCUGUCAGGUUUUUGUGAGGAAUGGCUGAUGAUAGCACAUAGCACACAUUCAUUUUAAAUUUAUUAAUGAGGUGUCAUACUCAAGUGCUGACUGAAGCAAGCACUGAGAUGGGUCCCUGUGCCUUGCCAGCAUUCCCACAGCCACUCAGCCCCGUGAGGAGAAAACAUCUCUCCAGAGUCCCAGUGCAGUUUGUUCCCCAUCAGUGUGACUCCAAUGUCACUUCAUCUUGCCAGUGUUUUAGAGCUUCAGGACAGAACUAUAAAACAACUGAUGGCUCAAUCAGCUCCUGGAUAGCCAGAACUUUGCACAAGAUGUGAGCAAAAACUUGUCAAAAUUAUUUCUAUUAGAAGUUUUUUGCUACUGUUUUUUUUUUUUUAGGCUCUAUUUUGCUUU